GACCUGGAGCUGUGUGUGAGUGCAGCCAGGAGGUCCCCGUGCCCUCACCUCCAGUUCGUGCAGUCGUCAGGGUUGGGGGCUUUAAAGAACCAGGUAAGAUUUGUGUGCAGGGCCGUUCUAUCUCUAAGGUCUUGGUGCUGGGAUUCAGCUCAGCUGCUGCUGCACAAAGUGUCUUUGGCAAAAUAGGCGUGACAGCUUUGUGCUGCUGUAAGCUGGGUUAGAGGGCACGCAGGUGGGGCUUCCCAGGCAGCUUCGCCUUGGUUUUCACAGUUCCUGCUACCAAAGCGCCGUGCAGGAAGCUCCCCGGCCUGCUUCUCGCACGGGUUUGACCCCGCUGUGUGUGAACGGCGCUCACCCAAACCUGGAGGACAAUUCUUCCCCGUCCUGCACAGCCCUGUGACACGUCAAUGAAUUGCUAACGAGGGCAGAGCUGGCCUUGCAGCUCCGUGUGAAGGGAGGAAGUGCCGCAGAUAGCGGCGUGGGUGGGGUGCGAUGCUGCCGCCGCACCUCCUGGCGGGUGUGAGCUGUUAUCUGCCGUCAGCUCUGCUGUAAUUACAGCUGUGAGCGAGGUGCGAGUGUCUGGUCUUCAUUAAAAUGAGAUACGGCUUCUAAAACAAUGCGCUUUCAUCGGUUUGAGUUCUCCCUGCUGGCCAGUCAGCAGCCCUGCGGUGCAGAGGUGGGCAUUUCGGCCGUGCGUUGGGGUGGCAGCUGAGGAGGCCAUGGGCAGACAGGGUUGCCCCCCUGUGCUCCACGUGGUGCGAAAGUGAAAUCAUUGGCUUUUAUUUUACAAGUAGUUUUUGGCUCUGCCCGGUCCGUAGAGCUGCAAGGAGCAGAGGAGGUGAACUUUCAGCUGCGUAUCAGCAACAGCAGCGCCGUGGUUAAAUCCCGCUGUAGUUAUUUGUUGGCUCUGUUGAGGGCAGUCUUGAGCUGAUAAUAGCUUUGCUGGCAGCGAUGAUGCAGUUUAAUUACGGGAUUGUAGAGAGUGCAUUGCUCUUCUCAGAACGUGUACAUUUGGUAUGGAAUCAACGCUUGAAAUUUGCCUCUGGUCCUCUCUCAAAGCUGUGGUUCUCUUCGAGCUCUGCAAAAAUCUGGAGCUAUCUGCAAUAAUUGGUGGGGGAGGGUUUCUUGUGAUGCAGGAAUCUGAACUAAUCCUCACUGAAGGGACGUGUGUGCUUUUAAUGUUUGGUUUGUGAUAUGCCUGUGCUCCUUGGUGUUGCGACCUUCCUUAAGGGCUACCUGUCCUUUUGGGAACUGCCAGGCAGGAUCGUUGUCAGCCUGGGAUUCGUCCUGCCACUGUAAGAGACCUCAGACAUUUAUUCUUAGAUGCAAAUUAGCAAUGGCUGUGGUCACUGCGGAAAAGCAAGAAGCAAUAAACUGAAUUUUGGGUGAAACUGUUGGAAGUGAGAGAAAGCUGUCAGGAUGGCUGAAGUGCUGGGGUGAUGUGCGUUUGGAGGUGAUGGGGCAUUUUUGAAGAUAACAGUGGAUGAGCAUUGGCUGGAUGAAGGAGCAUGUGUGGUGUGCCCAGCCCUGCCUGGCUGUGCUGGGUUGCUGUGCAGGGUCUCUCCAAGUCCCCUGAGGCCCUGUGUCCCUACGACCCCAGUCACCAUACUGAUCCUGGCACUGAUCCUGGCACUGGUUCCCAUUGGAUGGAAUUAGCACGGACAAGCCAAAUGCACUGCGCUUAAGCUCAGAAAUGCAAAUGUAGCCUUAAAAUAGGUUUGAAUAAAGAUUUUAGCUCCAGGGCUUUUCCCUGUGGUCAGGCUGUUUGGAAGCGUAUUGCAGUCCGCCUUUGAGUGGCUCCUUUUUGGGGGAAAUGUCUGUUAGUUACCUCUCCAAACAAGUGUUUUAACUACGUCAGCUGUUUCUCACCCGUCAGAACACUGAAUUACAGAAUCACAGAAUCACAGAAUUGUAGGGGUUGGAAGGGACCUCCAGAGAUCAUUGUGUCCAACCCCCCUGCCAAAGCAGGUUCCCUACAGCAGGUCGCUGAAUUGUUUUUAUGAAGCCAAAAAGACAAACUUAGAAAGGUUUUAUGAACAUCCCGUUGGAACGUUUUGCCAGUCAUGGUGUGUGAAUGUUUCCUGUUCUUUAAAUCGUGUCUGCCUUGCAGCUAGCACGCUCUGCUGGAAGGCCCUGGAAGAGGAACCGUGGGAUAGAGGUUGCUUUGGAUCGCUACAAAAGCAGCAAGCUCCCAGCUUCGGGUGGAUGCUGCUCUGCUGUCUUCUCCUUCCUGCUGUAAAGAAUGACUUCCACUCAACUGCAGCUCUGAAUUGAGCUGUAUGCUUGGAAUUUGGUGAGUCUUGAUAAAGCUGGUAGAGGUCUUCAAAGGAAGGGAGCUGUAGAUGAGAGGCUACCAGGGGUGAAAACAUUACCAAGACACAAGGUCGAUGUCUGUGUGGUGGAGGUGGGUCUGAUCCAUUAGCCUGGAGGUUCCUUAACAACACGUGUGUUUCUUUGCCUAGAUGUAAUCAAGGCUUACUCAACUAGAGAUGGUUGUCUCAAGCCAAGAGGGAAACCACAUCUGUCAUGAAAGUAAGCAGUAUAGUUCCUUAGAAGUCCAUAUUUUCUUCUAGCACUCAUUUUCUUCUUCAACUGUUGGAGAGUCCAUUUGACAGCUUCCUCAGCAUCAGCUUUGGGCCAUAGGAUCAUUCUUGACGAUGCUCAGCAGAGGCUUCCACCAUCCUGGCCUUUAAUUCCCUGCUGAGCAGUUGCUGCUGCUUACGAUCUCGUAACUCUAUUGCCAGAGCUAUGUGAGCAGAGAGCUGCCCAGCUGUCAUUCAGGUUUCUGCAGUGUAGCACCUGCAUGGUGAAACCAAUACGAGUUCCUAGCUGGCAUCUGAUGCUUUCUGCCUUGGAGCAUAAGGUGGGAAGCUCUGCACGUGACUCAGAGAGCUGUACAGAAGGGGUUGAUGGCUUCAUCUGACAGCACUGAGGAGGACAGAGCCUGGGCACCGUGACCUCACAGCAGUACUGACUGCAGGUGAACCUGCACUGCUUUGCCUUGUUGGGCUGGGGUUGUGUUGGGUGGGCCUGGAAGAGUUUGGGCUUGGUGCAAACUGAGGACAGCCAAGCCAAGUCCUGGGGUUUUUCUGCUGCUACAAAAGAUGUAGGGAGCUGCAUCCCCCUGUAGAAACGAUUGAAUGCCAAAUAAUGCCUGAGUAACAGUGCCUGAGUCUAUAGAAGCAUCUGUGUUCCUCUGGCUUGAGAGGCUUUGCUUUUUCUGUAUAAAUCGCUUUCUUGUGUCUUGGAAGUGGUCUAUCAAAAUUAAACCUCACCGAGCACAACUGUCCUAUUAAAAAUGAGGUACUGUCGUAUUCUGAAUAACAGCUGAGUAGGGCUAUUUAGGAUUCUUAUAUACCAUCUGCAUUUGCUUAAAGCAAAUUCUGCUUUGCUUCCUGAUAGUACCUCAUAGAAUCAUAGAAUCGCGAGGUCGGAAAGGACCUGCAAGAUCAUCCAGUCCAACCAUCCUUCUUCUGUGACACGUGAAAUCUGGAGGGAAAAAACCAACAAAGAGCUGGCAGUGCUUCAGUGCACGGUGGGUGGUGGUUCUGCUGUGCUCGAGUGUUCAGCCCUGCAGGCACCAAGUUUGGGAACGGGGCUCUGAGCACCUGGUGGAGCUCCGGAUGCCCCUGCUCAGUGCAGGGAGUUGGACCAGAUGGCCUUUAAGGUCCCUUCCAACUCCAUCGAUUUUGAUUUAAGCCUUAUUGCUACUUGCAGCAUCUUGUUGUCAGCCACAGCCACGAGAGGGAGCCUGGCUGCAAGCACAGCUCUGUAGGGAUAGAGAACAAAAGAUAAACGGAGAGACGCUGGUAUUUCAGCGUAGUCGCAGCGCGUCUUACGAAGUGUUCCCAGGAAGUUUUGUGUUUGCAGUUAAUUUCUCUAUCAGCCAUCUGGGGUUGCAGGUGACACUGGGAGACUUUUUGUGGGAGAUCAGGGUUUGUCGCUCCUCCAGGUGACUGUCACUGUGUCACGGUGUCAUUGCUGUGCUGGCACCGCCCGGGGUGACGCUGCUCAGCUCUCCCUUCCGCUCAGCACGGCACCUUCUGGGGAGAAGUGGGGCAAACUGGAGCGAGAAGUGUUGCUGCAGUGUCACCUUCUGGUGGCAAAGAGUAGGUGGCUCAUAGCUGAUGAUCCUGCACCUAAAGCACAGAAUUAACAAUGCGACCACUUCUAUUUCCCAGCAAUGACUUCUGAGAGUAACAUCAAACUAUUUUGCUGUUGCUGAGCUAGCGAAGUUUGAUGGAAAUGCAAACACAUCAUUAUUGUGCUCAAUCCAUAGGGUGGUUCUGGGUCAGAAGUUUCAGGAAGGGCAGAUCUUUUGGCUGAGUCGAUUGAGAUGUGCUCAAACCAAAAUGACUUGUGGCAUCAGUGAGAAAGAAUUGUCUUUGUUAAAUAGUUAAGGAGCUUCUCUUAGUCAGGGCCAGUUGUUGGUGCUUUUCAGCCCUGUCAGACGACUGUACUCUUCUCCCAACAACAAAUUGAUGAGGUGUUUGUGUAUAACAGCACUCACUAGCAGCCGCCUGCUGAGUUAGCCUGGAGGAAAGCCUUUCCUUUUGCUUCCUCUUUCUUCCCCUGCCCACAUGGGUCCCCAGCUGCCACCAGCAGCAAUCCAGGAACUGGCAGUCUAGGAAUCCUUCCCUGGAGCUGGGAAGGUCCUUGCUGGCAGGAGGUGGCUGUGCUCGCACACAGAGUCAGCACAGCAGCAGGAGGGGGUUUGCCUGGACCUCCUGUCCCAGUAUUUCUCUGUCCUGCAGUUAUAGGGUCAAGGCUUAUGUGCCUGGGACACAACUCAGAGCUUUCAGAUGGUAUCGGGGAUAAGGCCCAAGCUCUGCUCUGCAUCCCCAAGAAGGGCUCCACAGGGGUUGGUUCAGCACGAAGCAUUUUGGGGGCUCAGGUGAGCUCCCCCAGUGCUGCUGGCAGGCUGGUUGCUUGCAGUGAGGCAGAGCAAAGCACAGUGCUGCUCUGCCACUUUUGCAGCAGAACCACUCUGCCCUUCCUCCUGACCCAGCUGUGUGAUUCCUGCCCUCGCUUCGCCUUCCCAUUUCUCACCAGUAUCUGUAAAACUCUGUGUUACCGGCCUCUGUGCCAGCCCCAUCAGCACGCAGCGUCGGUGCCCAGCCUUCUCCCAUAGCAAGAGACGCACAGUUCACAGGGGGAAGAAUCCUCCAGCACAGCGAUGCCGUUCAGCCCUCUCUCAGGCAUUCCGUGCCCUUGCUGCAGCCUCCCCUGCCCAUCUGUGCGUGCAGCCCUGCACCCAGCUGUGGGGAGGAUGCAGUGUGAGCGAGCAGAGGGGGCUCUCUGCCCUGCACGCCGCUCGCAGCAAUAGGGCUCUGCGCCAGCCUGGCUCCAGGAUGCUGCAUCUGAAGGUCCAGUUCCUGGAUGACUCCCAGAAGAUCUUUGUAGUGGACGUAAGUGUGUCUUAUAGAGUCUUAUAGAGAAAGAGGAAUGGCUUUUGCUUCUCUGGUGUUAUCCUUUGGAUACUGGGGAAGGUGAGGUGAUGCUCUGGGCGGGGGUGGGGUGCUCUCGUUUCUCUGGCUGCUGUGUUAGCAUCCAGCAAGCAAAAAUAAGUCUGAGAACAGCAUGAAAAUUGCAGCUUGAACCACACAACCUGUGGUGAGAAACGUCUGUGUGCAUCUCUCCUUAGGCAUCGGGAUGAAAAAGACAAGUAUGUGGUUUUGGGAAUAGCUAAGGAACAAGCUGACUGUAUCUUGUUUUUACAUGGCAGUGUCCCAAGGCACACUGUCACUGAUAAUUCACAGGUAAUGAGUAUGAGCUCUGAACAUCCACUGCUGGAAUACUUUUCAUAUGUCACACAUUGAUCUCAGAGGUGUUGGAUUGGGGUGUGUGUGUACAUGGAUGAUUGAAACUGAAGGUGAUCGAUGCCCUGUCUGUGUGCUGGAAGUGGGACUGAGCUGUUGGUUAGGCUUUGUUAAUCACAGCAGCUGAUUGAAUGAGAUAAUCCAAGUGAAUCUGUUCUAACCUUUACCUGCAUCCAUUAUGGGACUGCUGUGUUUAAUAUAAAAUUCAUUUUUUAAAGUUCUGUUGCAGUUCUUAGGCUCUUGUGUUCCCUUUAUAGACCACUGCUCAGUCUCGAUGCACUGUUCGGUUGCUUUGUGACAGCGAUUCUGCACAAAGAGGGUUGCAAAGUAAUUCCAUCAUUUGGGAUGACAUGGAGGUCAUCUGAUUUGGUUUCUUUGAUGCAUUUUAGACCUGAGUUUUUCUUAAAAAUGAGAGUGGUCACUUACAGAUGUUUGCCAGGGAUUCGUAUUGAUUAGAUCAGGGCACUGUGAGAGACCAUUGGAAAGAUGCUGCUGUUACAAUAUUGCUGCAUGUUAUCCAUCUCUGCUCUCUUCUUUGCUCAAAACAGUCCUGUGCCUCUGCUCACUAUAGUGCAACAAAUAGGUUCCAUUAGAGGGACUCGGAGCCAUUUCCUUUUUUAGCGUGGUAGGGUCCUGGAAAUCCCUUUGGGGCACUUUGUGUGUUUCAUGCUGUGUGGUUCAGAUGAAUGAGAACUGGAUUAGAGACUUCUCCAUUAGGAAGGGACCGCUUUGGGCUAAGUCUUGAGCACGCAUUUGGAGACACUCAUCCUAAGCCCUUCCCUGAGUUUGGAAAGCUUUUUUUAAUGGAGAGCACUUCAGUGUAAUGGGAGGAGAAGGACAGCAGAGAAAAAACAUGGCAGCGCUGGUUACAAAUCAGCUUAACACAGCGCUCCGGGGCAGGGGAAGGUAUCAGUGAGUGGGUGCCUGGCUCUGGGUGGGCACAGGGCUGCUCUGCGGCUUGCAACACUGCGAAGGAGAGCGAGCACAGCCUCUCCUUUCCACCAUCCCCACUGCUGUGCCUUGCAGCAGCCCCACAGGCAGCACCGAGGGCACAUUUAGGGGACGUGGGCUGCAGCCCAGCCCUGUGCAGCAGCUGUGUGCAAUGCACGCAGCCCAGCCAGCAGCUCGCUGCCCACACACGGGUGGGGAGCAACCCGCUGGGACGUGCCCGCCUUCCCCGCACGCCUGACAAAGGCCAAGGCCUUUCAUGCUGGAAAAUUCUAGCUUAGAAAUCAACCAUUAUAAUUGUUUUUAAUUAGCCUUGCGAUCUUGUAAUUUCAAGGAGAACCGGGUGUGCUGCAGAGCAAAUGCUGUUAUUAGGCUAUCACUGUGCAGCUGGCUGACAGUGCAGAGCUGGCAGCGGCUGUGACAGGUGCUCAUUACUGAGCCCUGAGGCACCCACAGCACCCCCCCCCUGAACCCUGAGCUUCCCCUGUGCCGACCUGUCUGUGUUCCUGGUGUCUCUGCCCAAGUUGGUAACUUAGGAAUUGAGUUUUUGCUGGUUUUUCUCUCUGCCCUGUUUAGUUUUGGUGCUUUCUGGCCUCCCGUGUCACAGCGUGGUGCUACUUCAUUAGCACUUUGCUGACCCAGGGUGCAGGAUCUCUGCAGGCUCUGUUGUCGUUAAUUACCACUAAUUGCAGCUUAUCGUGCCUAGCUGUGGGGCAGCCAGGUAGUGUCUGUCUGCAGCUCCAAUCCCAACAGCGGUGACUGCAACGGGUGUCCUGAGACCGAGAGAUCUCUCCCAGUUUAUCGAGCUCCUAAAGAAAGCAAAAGUCCUGCGGGAAGGGGCUGUUCAACCUCACCUGCAGCCACCUCAACCUGGUGGAGAAAGAAUACUUCGGGCUGGAGUUCUGCACCCAGGCUGGGAACCACGUCUGGUUGGAGCCUCUAAAGCCCAUAACAAAGCAGAUUAAAACUCUUUGCAGCCCAGGUGCCCAGCUGUAAGGCAUUCAGCACGCGGUGACCCCGCUCCCUCCCAUACCCAAGGCCCCACUGCUGCAUGGUGAUGCUGCGCAGCCCGACCUGAAUGCAUGAGCAGUGCUAACACAGCCCCUCCUUCAGCCUGUUCCUGCCCCUGCAAUGAACCAAAUGAUAUUUGCUACAAAUACACGAUGGUUAGGAGGUGGUCAAAAGCACAGGGCCAUGCAUGACCCUGUGUUUCUAUCGGCAGUCCUGGAGCUGUCCUGCAGUGGCUCUCUUGGUGCCCACAGAGUUGGCUUCAUACCUCCAUAUGCUUUGCCUUGGGUUUGGCUGCUUGCUCUUGCUUGUCUCACAGAACAGCUCUGCCCAGUUGGAAUCCCCUGAAGCUGGUGCAUCCCAAGGGCUCAAAGGGCCAGGGAAACCCCAUGGAUUUUGCUGAGGGUUUAACAUGCAGCCCCAAUGGCAGCUGCACCACUCCAGGGCAACACCCAGAGCAUUGCUCCCACAGGAACCCCUUCCUGAUGCAGAAAUCCCCUUCCUGACCCUUAACAAUUUCAAGUAAUUUGGGGUCAUGUUUUCUGUAAUGCUAUUGAGGAGUUCACCUCCUUGUUUAUUUCCAUCCAUGGUGGUGGGGUCUGGGCAGGAUGGCAGAGCUUCUGCUCCAGACCUGUAAGGGGCAGAGUAACAUAAGGAGAGGUGUGUGUGAAGCGAGUUGUGAAUGUUCUCCAGAGCCACGUGAAAGAAAACUUAUGAAGGUGUUGUGUUUUAAGAUCCUAAGGAGGUUCUUUUCAAAUUUAUGGUGAAAUUUUUCCCAGUGGACCCCGGACACCUGCGAGAGGAGCUGACGAGGUACCGUGUUUGUUCUGUGCUCCCUCACUGCCCUGUCACCUUGUUUCUGCAGUCACUACGCAUGUGUUCAUUUCCUUACCAUCAUCCAACCCAACCUGUCUGUUUGCUGUGGUAAUCCCAAAUAUUGACAGAGCCCCGUGCUGUACAAAACAAGACGCCAAUGCGUAUCUUUUCUCGAUGCUCUGUUCUUAUACAAAAUCCACUCGAUGGCAAUGCAAUGUGCUCGCUGCCAAAUGUCUGAGCAGUUGGGCUCUCAGUCGUCUGGCUCUUGCCUCAAGCUGUGUUCUGAAAGAAGAGCCUCCAUUUUAUUUUUGAUAUGGACAGGGCAAGCUCUUAAGUUUCACAGAAAGCACUGCAAACAGGAACUAAGGAUAAAACCAAUGCAGUGCUUCUGCAGAACAUUAGCCCCGAGAGCCACAGAUGCCCUCCGAAGCAUAAAGGAGUGUUAGCUCUGAAACCUACUAACGGCCAUAUGAGCAGCGGGGGCACGCUGCUCAAGGUGUCCCCAGAUGGAUCCUCCUUGGGGGGCCUGCAUGCUCCUCCCAUGCUCCCCCCUCCAGCCCUCCAUCCUUUGGGCAGGGGCACAGGUGCACCUGGCUCUGUGUCCCAUAGAAAUAUCCAUGCUCAGGGCAGUUCCUGUCCCUCCUGCAGGUACCUCUUCACCCUGCAGAUCAAGAAGGACCUGGCACUGGCGAGGCUGCCCUGCAGUGACAAGAGUGCAGCGCUGCUCGUCUCCCACCUGCUGCAGUCCGAGCUGGGUGACUUCCAUGAGGAGACAGACCAGCAGCACCUGGCCACGCACAGGUACCUGCCCAACCAGGAGUACCUGGACAACAAGAUCAUGCACUACCACCGGCGGCACAGGGGGAAGACGCCGGCUGAAUCAGAUGCCCAGCUGCUGGACGUGGCCAGGAAGCUGGAGAUGUAUGGGAUUCGCCCACACCCUGCCAGCGACGGCGAGGGAACGCAGAUCAACCUGGCGGUGACACACAUGGGGGUGCUGGUGCUGCGGGGCAAUACGAAGAUUAACACGUUCAACUGGUCCAAAAUUCGCAAACUGAGCUUCAAGAGGAAGCAUUUUCUCAUCAAGCUCCAUGCAAACAUUGCUACUCUGUGCAAGGACACGUUGGAGUUCACUAUGGCGAGCAGGGAUGCCUGCAAGGCUUUCUGGAAGACAUGCGUGGAGUACCAUGCCUUCUUCCGGCUGUCUGAGGAGCCCAAGUCAAAGCCCAAAGCCCUUCUGUGCAGCAAGGGCUCGAGUUUCCGCUACAGUGGGAGGACGCAGAGGCAGCUGUUGGAGCAUGGGAAGAAGGCGAAGAUGAAAAGCUUACCCUUCGAGAGGAAACAUUAUGCGUCCCACUACGAUGAGAGGCAGUGCCGCUCCUCCCCGGACCUCCUGACGGAUGUGUCCAAGCAGGUGGAGGAGAUGCGCUUGGCCUAUGGCAGCUGCGGCUCCUUCCACACCACCAGUGGGGUGCACACCUCCGAGCCCACGCUGGACAGCCGCCACAGCGGAUCUGCCACAGCAAUGAUGUUUGCUGCCGAGCUGGAGCGCUCCAGGCCCGAAGUGAUCCCAGCCUUCCUGCCCCACUCCAAGAGCAGCUCCGCCUUCCCCCUGCUUUACACCCAGCUGGAGCUGGAGCGGGCAUGGGAGCCCACCGACCCCUUCAGCAGCAGGAACCCCUUGACGUCCUUCCGCCCCCACCACAAGUUUGCUGGGAGCAGCAGAAGCCCCUCAGUGGGCAACAUGCGGGAGGUCAGCGUCAGGCCGCUGGUGUACAUGGAUGUGCCGUGCCCUCCGCUGCCACCCGCCCCGGCCUCCCAGCUCCUCUUCUAUGUAGACAGGCCACCGCCGCCCCCGUGCCAUGCGCCCAGCGAGGAGGCAGAGGGAGCGGCUGGUGGGUGCAUCCCCGUGGCCACAAAAAUGGCCAACUGGGGUCCCGGCAGCACCUGGAUGGGGGAACUGCAGCACGAAGCCUCGCACAGGGCUGUGGGUGCCAGCGUGGGCUCAGCCAGGGAGAGAAGGCAGCCGGCUCGCUCCUUCGAUUACAGCCUUCAGGAGCAGCCUCCCAAGCGCUCCUGGAGUCAGUCGGACAUGAAAGCCAUCCGCUUCCCCUACAGCUCUGAGUUCAGGCCCCUGGGUCCGUGCCCAGCCCUGAGCAGCAGGCAGGCCGGCAUGCUGCAGCACGUGCUGGCCCAGCAGCGUGCAGUGCCAGGGCUGCGGCGUGCCGCUGAGCGCUACGUGGGCAGCAGCACCGAGUCCAGCGACUCCGAUUGCGACCUCCUGGCUGCUGACUACUGCUCCCUGUAUGGCAGAGUGCUGCGGGCACCCAGGGCCCGUGUGCGGCUGUCCUCGGGCAGCCUGCAGCUGGAGGAGGAGGAGGAUGAAGAGGUGUCCUUGGCCACAGGUGCUGCUGAAGAGAGGACUUGCAGGGGGGCCUCCAGGUAUUUCACAUAGGUGCCUCUUGCCUGCCGAAAGGAGAGGCCGGGCAGAGCCAAGGCUGCUGAAGGAUCACAGUCCUGCUUGUUGUUUGUGAAACAAGGUGGUUGGCUUGUAUUGUGUGAGUGAUGGUAGUUGUAGAGGAUGUGUUAACAGAUAGCUGAGGGCAUCCAGAAGUACCCAUCUCCUGUGGCACACAAGGAAGAUGGCACAUUGCUGUCACCAGGUUGUUCCCAUGCUGGGGAUCCAACACCACGCAGAAGGGCUAGGGAUCUCCCAAAGCCCCACAGCCACCAUCUCCAGUCCUCGCAAGGCUGGCUCAGAGCUCAGCCCCUGCUGUCAUUAUCCGUACACUGGGUGGAAAGGAAAAGGCAGCUGCAUCCCAUCAAAGUUCAUAAACAUCUUGUUUUCCCAGCCCCGGGGAAGCACACGCUUCCCCAUCAGAGGGGAGCAGCAUGGGCACAGAGCUGCCACUGUCCCAGCAUAGAGCUUGUCUCCUACCUCACCUUGCAGUCAUGCUCCCAGCCCUUGAGAGCAGCUGCAUACAUUUUUUUUUCUUUUUUCCUGUGUAAUAAAAAGACCAUUACCCUACAACUGCAGGCCAUCUGCCAACAGGAGAAUGGUGCUACAGAGGUACGAUGUUAGAGGAAGAUCUUUCUACUUUUUGUUUGAUUUUUCAUAACUCCAUGAGGCUGUAGGACAUGACUACAAUAGGGACAGUAUAGCUGUGAGAUACUGGAAUGGAUUUCAGGAACACAGGAGCUGAAGCAAGGACCAAAUAGAUCAAGUACAAAGAACUAGGUUUAUGGUUACUGUCUCACACUGAGCGUCAUUGUCUUUUGUUUUAGAAGCUGGACAAUAAAAAGCAGUUGUUCACAGCUGA